GGUGUUUUUAGACCAUCUGCCACAUACUCCACUACAGUGACGAGUGGAUUGAGGCUGUCGCCUACUCUCCAUGCGAAUGAAAGUUGGCUGUGGGAUUACAUUACGAAAAAAUCUGUGUGUACGAUGAGAGAGACCUCAGGCUGAUUGGAGAGAAAAAAAUCCCCAUAACUCGUUCAUUGGUUUAGUUGACCGGAGUGAAGAUCCAUCAUACAUUCAUUCUGUAUGCGGAGCUCAUGAACUUCUCUUCUUUAAAGUCUCUGAUGACGGUGUCGAACAAGACCAAAGCGGAGCCUCUAACACUAAAGGAAUUAAACGGCACACAAGCCAUGCUAAAUACGGUUGGCUCGUAACUAGAAUUUUCACAGCUGGAACUGAAGGUACUCACACCAAUGAUGUUGAUUUCUCCCACUGUGGUGGAUUGAUUGCCACUGGUGAUGAUUAUGGACUAGUAAACGUGUGGAGAAAUCCAGCACGUAAGGGAGCUAAGCUUAUCUCUCUAAGAAGUCACUCUGAGCAUGUCUUCAGAACAAGAUUCACCCAUGAUGAUUCCCUCAUCAUUUUAUUGGCAGUUACGACAAAACUAUUAUUCAGUUGAAGAAGAAAUAAGAUUUCAUGAUGAUAAUAAUAGUUCAACUAA